AUGGCCCCAAACAGCUGCACCAUGAAGUCUGCCCUCGUGGUCCUUGCGGGGCUCGUCACCCUUUGUGCUGAGCUGACAUGGGCAGGGUCUCUGAGGCCAUACUGCCCGCCAGAAGGGAAGCCAGGAUACUGCCCCCCACCAAAAGGUGGUGGAACAUGUGUGGAGGAUUGUUCUGGAGAUGAAUCAUGUGAUGGGGACCAGAAGUGCUGCAGCAACAACUGUGGCCACACUUGCCAAACUCCGCUAAACGUAAAACCCGGCGAGUGCCCCAAGUUCAAAAUCCCUCCUGGGCUGCCAUGCAAACUAGAAUGCUGCGAGGACAACCACUGCAAAGGGACUGACAAAUGCUGCCCCAUGGGAUGCAGCAAGGUGUGCGCCCCGGCAGGUUUCGAUGAGGCCUAAAGGGCAGCAGGGCUUAGAGGAGUCCGGCUGAAGGACACAGCUUCACUCCUCGCCAAAGGUGGGCUCCCACCUCAUGAGCCCAGGCAGUUCUCCCACCAACCACCUGGAAUCGCUGCUUCUUCAAUGCUUCUGGAACAUAUGCACCUUGACAACAGCUGCUGCGAGACUCACACAACUCUCUUACAGGGGAAGACUCUUGCUUUCUUUAGUAAAUGCGCAUGGAACAAGCAACCAGAACUCUCCCCACAACUAUUUACACUUGCGAAGUAGAAUUAUAAAUACUGUAAUUGUACCAUAUAAGGUUUCGACUUACUGAGCAUACUCAGGGAAUGUGGUCGGUAACCGGAGGUGAAAUCUAAUCCUGCCAAUGAAACUCUAGCAGACCACGAGGAGGAAGCUCCUUUGUCUAAACACGUAUCUAGUACGCAUGCUUCCCACUGUAGGAACUUCAGAGCAAUCACGGGGUUAAGUGCCUUAUAAGGAAAUGGGGUAAUAGGAACUGAGUACUUUGAUUGGAUAGGAAAUUUAAUCUUAAUAGAAUGUGUGGAACCUGUGCCAAAUGUAUAAAACUGUUUGGAACGCUGGAUCCGGCGGCCAGUUGAUUUGGGACAACGAAAGCCCUGCUGGUCCUUUCUGUACAGAAAUAAAAUACAACAGGACUCCUUCUCCA